ACGAAUUCUUGUCUCUGCCAUGUUCGAGAACAAAAUGGAUAUCAUUGCGAAGAGAAUAGAAGACAUGAGCCAAAUAAUCGCUCGAUUGGAUUCUGUUAAAAUUGCACAGCCCUCUCCCGCCUCGUCGGGUUCGCACCCGGCAUUCUCAACUCCCCAAUCUUUGGCCUCGAUUGGUCCAACCCCUGCAUCCUCGACACCUACUAUGACUGACCCAGACCGCCCAAUACAAGAUACCAAAGACCAAGAUGGUUCAAGGGCCGAAUACGAGGGCGAAUCCUCCCUUCUCGCCCAUGCCGUCUUUGCCACGAGUUUUCUCCAGGGUGAGGUUAACAACAAUCGCUCGACCGAUAUAUUCUUGGAAAUGACCUCGGUAUUGGAUACUCUGCGUAAUAUUGUAGAGGCCCAAAAGCAGAAUGUGGAUAACGUCGAAGCGUUGUAUCCGCACGCCAAGCUAAUACCGCCAGGCUCAACUGUCCGUCAACUUGGCUUGCCCCCACUCGACAAGGCUUUUGCAUGCCUACGAAUGGCCAAAGAAUUUCCUCAAAUUCGAGCAUAUUGGGCAAUGGAGUUUCCAACAUUAGGCCACUUCAUGGAAUACUUCAUCAAGGUGUACUCCCCCGGCAUGGCCACUGAAGCAGAUUUGAUCAUCGUCCACGUUGGACUCUACUGGCUUUUCUGCGCCUGCUCCAGCGCAACCGUUGAUGAAUCAAUCAAGCAAGACUUUGACGCUCAGGCAUGUGUCUGUCGGGAUAAUCUUGAGACAAUCCUGUCCAGGCUAUCUUUCCACAUGCCCACAACAAUGGAUUAUGCUUGCGCCAUGAACUUGGCUGCUUCUUAUCUCAUCCAAAGAUGCCAAUCGUUCGCUGCGUGGACCUUUAUCACCACAGCGUCCAGGAUUUGCCAGACACUUGGAAUAUACAGUACCAUUCCCCCAUUAAGUGCUACCGCGCCAGAGAAGAGAAAUUGGCAGGAGAGGGUCUUUUGGUGCGUAUAUAUCACAGAGAAGAUGCUAUCUUUGAGGCUCGGCCGAACCUCGACUAUUCGGGACGAGGACAUUACCCUGCCAAUGCCAGGCCCGGAUCAAACCACCGACACCAUUUUAUGCAGUAUCCUGCCCAAUUGGAUUCGCCUGUCGACUUUGCAAGGUCGAGUUUACGAUGAGAUAUACAGUUCGAGAGCGCUUCUUCAGCCGGAGCAUAUACGGACUUCUCGUGCCCGCGCUCUGGCAAAGGAGCUCAAGACCAUUAUGAGCACAGAGGACGAAUUCGAGAUGCAAUACAACAAUGCAAGCCGUCAAUCACUCGGACCAGCUGUGCAUCAGCUUCAACGGCACAUGGACAGAGUGACAUGCUUGUCUUUACUGACUCUCAUCUACCGGAGCAUUCCCUCUGAAGGGCUGUCAAGCUCAGCUUUCUGUGAAGACUGCAUCGCUACCGCCAAGGCCACACUGACGGAACACGAAAGGUGCAUAGCUACGAUGGCAGAGAACCAAUUGCAGUCAAGCUUCCUCGGAAUAUAUGUCAAUUGGAGCUUGAUGCAAUCCCCAUUCAUCCCCUUCAUUGUUCUCUUCUGCGAGAUUGUGGAGACCUCUGAGUCUUCCGACCUCGGAUGCCUUGGCGCUCUAGUUGAAACGCUACAAUCGGCAUCAACGUCGGUACACUACCCCAUUUGUGGCAAACAAUUCAGACUCUUCAAAGCACUUUACGAUGUCGCCGUAAAGUAUGUAGAAGUCAAAGCUAGCAGAGCGGACGACCAAGUUGCGGAUUGCACAGUGCUCGACUACACUAACGAAUUAAGUACACGAGAGCCCGCUGGUUUAUCUCAAACACUUUCAAUUUCCUUGCCAGAUUCGACGAGCGGUUUACAAAGUUCUACCAUGCCUGUCAGCAGCAUAGCAAGCGCUGGAACGAAAGAAGCACAAUUACUGGGUGGACUGCUCGGCCAUGGGUCUAGGGUAGGUCUACAAGCGCAAAAUGCCGGGUUUGGAUACACUGGCUUUGAGAUGAAUCCUACGGGUGCGGAGCUUGGUAAUUGGUUUUCCAGGAAUCAAGAAAUGCUCAUAAUGAUGGAGGAUCUCUAGGAUAGUUAACGGCAUUCUACAGCGAUGUUGGUGAGUUAAUAGAGUGCCGCGUAUCUUCUUAGUGGAUCAAUUGUUGGUUCGGCGUCAUGAGGAGUUAGACGACCUGGAGGAAGAAACGUGAUGAUCUCUUGAUCGGAGAGUAAGCUUGGAAUUCAAAUUAUUCCGUCAAGUCCCCCUCUCAGCUAUCUUAAUAAUAACGCAAAGUCAAG